AUGAGACCUCUUGGUGAAGCCCGCGCCGGCCCCUCCCCCACCCGGCAGCCGCGCGCACCGCGGGGCGGUGGCGGCUCGCGCCGCCAGUUGUGCGCCCCCCCCACCUUCCUCCGCCCCCGCCCGCCCAGACCCGGAACGGCUCCGCGGCCCUCACCGCGUGUCGGGCCGGACCGGCCGCCCGCCCCCCGCGCCCCCGCACUGACCGUUGGGGGGUCCCGCUCGCCAGCGCAGCGGCUCCGCCUCGGCCUCACGCGCGGCGGGCACGCCCCGCCUCGCGCCCCAUCCCGCCGCUGCCGCCGCCCGGCGCUCGCAGGGACGGGCGGGGAGCGGCGCGAGCUCACGCUACCGCGCACGCGCCGCUGCCUCGCUCCGCGCGGGGCCGUGAGGGCGGGGAAGUGGGGCGGGCGGGCCCGGUCUCCCCCACCCCCCGUCGUCCCCUCCCCUCCUCUCGCGCAGAGCACGACGGGAGUUGUAGUUCCCCCUGGGGGGCGCUGUCGGCGAGGGCACUACCGGUCUCUGCCGGCCGCCGCGCUACAGCUCCCAGCGGCCAGCACGCCGCGGGGGGGGGCGGGGUCCAGCUUCUCUGUCCCCCAACGUUGCCUAAGCCCCCAGGCCCGUGGGAGCGGCGUCUGGCUGCCUGAGGGGACCCCGGCCGCUGUCCCGGCCGAGGAAACCGGCGAGAUAUAUUUGAAGCUCCCUCAGCCGCCGCCGAUAGCCGGCAGGCAGCAGGUCCAUCUCUCCUCUGGGAACACAAGGACCGUAAGCGUCCCUGAGCCAUGA